AUGUCUGACAACGGGGAUGAAUUGGUCAAUCUGACAUCAAGUCUGAAGAAGUGCUUCCAAAUUGCAUAUAACCACGUUCAGGCAGCACCAGGCGCAACAGAGGUGUACAAGACACUGAUACGCAACGAAGAGAUGCAACUGGUUGUAUUGAGCAAAGAUCUGCCAGAUAAGCCAAGAGAAAUGAUUAUGGCAAAAUGCCAGUCAAAUAAUGUUCCAGUCGUGUUCAUCGAAACAAGAAGUGAGCUUGGAAAACUGUGUCCUACAAAAGUGAAGAAUGCAGGUGCAUUUGGAAUAAAGAACUUCAUGUUGGAGACAGAAGAGAAGGCAUUUCUGAUGAGUCAGUUGAAAUAA